AGCCUGUUCAUUGUUGUGUUCUAGCAAGCAGGAUGCGUGAAGAAAUGCCCUACGUUCAAUCAAAAAAUCGGAAUUUUCUUGCUGUUAUUAUUUUUGUUGUACUCUUUGUCCUAGUGUGCCUUCCAAUGACGCAAGUGGCGAUGAUCGAACCAGCGAUGCUCCCUAAAGAAGAACUCGACAACUCUACGACAACAAAUAGCUCACAUGAACUGAACACUGAACCGACGGAAAUUUUAACAAUUACAACACCUAUAAUCAAUGCAACAUUGAGCAAUUUAAGCUCAACAGAAAUUGAGGAUCCUGAGGAAAUUAUGUUCAGUUACAACUCAUCUGAUUGUCCCUACGAAGAUUGGAACCAAAUUCGCACCUCAACUAUUACCAAUCUCAAGAAACACCACCAACUGAUGCAAGAGAUGUCAAUUAACAAUGCGUACCUCUAUCAUGCCCUGCCAUCCGUACUGGCAGCAUUUUUACACACGGAUCAGAUCAUUGUCACGCUGACUUCCGAGAAUCAGUACAACACAACAGUAUUCUGUCGUUAUUACGAUUGCCGCCGGAAUGAAAUAAUGGACGGGUUUGAAAGUGUAGUGUUUCCCCAGUCAACUGUAUUUUGUGCUCGAAGGCCUGGUGCAAAGUAUAUAUCAAUUUCAAAAACUCAUGAUGAAGUCCCCGAGUUCUCAGUGCCAAUUAUUCCAAGAAUAGAGAAACCCCCGCACUACUUCACAGUUUGUAUGGCAACUCUCUAUGGCCAAGAGCCAAAGUUCCUGCAAAUCGUAGAUUUUAUCGAAUACCAUAAGCUCCAGGGCGCCACGUUUUUCCAUGUCUAUGUGAGAAAUAUCACCGAAUACGACAGAAUUCUGCUAGAAGACUACGCAAGAACUGGAGACAUUGAAAUCAUUAAGAUGCACGAUCAUUUUUGGAGGUCGGAUUACAUGUGGCAUAAUGGUCAGGUCAAUGACUGUCAUCACCGCAACAAGUACUUCUCGAAAUGGACAGCAAUAAUUGAUUUAGACGAGAGAAUUGAAAUUCGGUCGGAAAAUUUCAAAACUGUAACGAGUUAUUUGGAUUCAAUUCACAAUUCUUCAAUUUCCAACCUGCAUUUUCGAGUGAAAUGGGUGCUAAAACACAACAAUACACCAGCAACCUAUAAAAAUGAAAAGCAGCUGACUCGUGAAAUGCUAUUCAACAAGUAUCAAAACACUUCUCGACUUGGACUACUCUGGGACCAGCCUAAAUGUAUAAUUCGUCCGGAAAAAGUUGCGGCUAUGACGAUUCACAUCCCAGCAGCUAUGUAUAGAGGGGAAAGGUUUACCGUGGUCCCAGAAGUUAUCGGGUUCAUUAGGCACUAUCGUAACGUGGAGGAAAAAAUAUUCCGUGGUGCUCUUGCUAGAAUGAUGGUGCAUGCUCCAUUCAAAAUUUCACCAAUUGAUAAGUGGAUCAACAGUAAACUUACGAAGAGUAUAAUACGACGGGCGCGACAUGUCUACGACACCGCUCAAGUGAGCUGUGAGCAGAAGCAGAAAAUGAUUAGUUUCGAGGGAAUUCCAAAGCCGUGUCCGAAAAAAAAAGAAUUGAACGUUAAAAAGUAUAAUGAAUUGAAUGUUUAAUAAAUUUUUUUA